GAGACCUGAGAGGAGGAUGUGAGCACCUGGAGCAUCCUGGAACGUGGCAUUCUCCUGUGGCACAGAUAGGGCAUGGGCCCGGCCUCUCCACUCCAGCCUCAGAGAGACAUGGAGGGCUAUUACAGUCUUCUGCAGGCUGGCUCUGAGCUGGAGAACACACUGCAGCAGGUGACGGUUUCUGUGAGUAUGAAAGAAGUGGCCGGCUAUAUUGAGAAGCAGGUGGCUUUUUUAUCAGGGGGCCGUGGUGAGGACUCCAGUGUCAUCAUCACUUUGCCAGAAUGCUCCGAUUUCAGCGACAUCCCAGAAGAGGCUUUGGCUAAAGUCCUCACAUACCUCACACUAAUACCACGAGCACGUCAACCUGGAAUCAAAUUCAUCAUCAUUUUAGACAGAAGAUUGGACACCUGGAACUCCAUCAAAACAGCACUUGCAAGGAUUGCGGCCUCUUUUCCCGGAAAUCUACACAUGGUUCUAGUUCUGAGACCAACCAGCUUCUUUCAGCGCACAGUCACAGACCUCGGCUUUCGCUUCAGCCAGGAGGAUUUUAUGCUGAAGCUCCCUGUGGUGAUGCUGAGCUCUGUAACUGAUCUGCUGCGCUACAUUGAUGAGAAACAGUUGACGUCAGAAUUUGGAGGCACAUUGGACUACUGCCACAGUGACUGGAUCUUCCUCAGAACAGCGAUAGAGACUUUUGCAGUGACGGUGAAGGACAUUGCUCAGAUGCUGCAGGCUUUUGGAACAGAGCUGGCAGAAGCAGAAUCAGAGGAGAGCAGUGUCGUUGAACUACUACUGCUGUCACACACUGAGAAAUACAGACGACUGAAGGAUGCUAUCAGCUCAGUGAUGAGGGAGGGACGCUAUCUGCUUUCCAGUCUGGAGGCUUCAGGAAAGGAGCAGAAUAAAGACACACACUGGGACAUAAAACAGGACUGGGACACGGUGCAGAGACUACUAGUCCAGCUGAGGGACAUGGAAAUGGCAUUUGAUGGCUUCUUUGACAAGCAUCACCUCAAACUACAGCAGUACCUACAGCUGCUGAGAUAUGAGCACAGCUUCCAAGAGAUGAAGAACUGUUUAGAGAAACUGAGUGCUCAGGAGAAGGACCUUAUCAUCACUGGAGACACGCUGGCUGAGACAGAGCAGACCAUCAGAGAGCUGGAUAUACUAGAAAAACGAACUCAGGAGGAAAUGGGCCGGGCCCAGGUGAUGAUACUGCAUGGGCACCAGCUGGCUACAGGGCAUCAUUACGCCACGGCUCUGAUCAUGCAGCACUGUAAUGAGCUGCGACAUCACUGUGACACACUGAACUCUGCUAUUAGUGCUAAAUGUAAAACUCUUAUACAAGUACAGAGCUUACUGCAACGCUUACACGAGGCCCAGCACUGGUGCGACGAUGGUGCCUACCUCUUGGCCAAUCAGCAGGUAGAUAGGUUUCAGUCUAAGGAUGGUGCUCAGGCAGCAUUAAGGGAUAUUGAGAAGUUCCAGGAGAGGGCACCAGUGCUCCUCAGUUCUGGCUCAGGCCUGUUCUGUCUGGAAUAUGAGAGUGUGCUCACUCCUCAGCUACAGAUCCACAUAGAGAAGACGUUUGAAAAGCAUGCCCAGGUACAGAAUCUUAUCCGGGCUAGACAGACCUGUUUGAAGAAACUCACAGAUAAACAUGUAAGGCCAGUGCAGCUGGUACCCCCUCGACCAGAGAACCCACCAUGUUUAAAGUCUCCAGUCUUCUCUCCCAAACAUGAUUGUAAUUCUGCUCUCAAAUUUACAUUUGACCUCUCACUGUCAGGCAAAAAAGCACAUAGAAAAGGCCCAAACUCCAGAAAGAUUGAGGUGUUACAUGACUAUCAGAACCACAGCUGUCUGUCAUACAUUGAAGACGGGGAGGACAGUGCUGACCUGCUAAAACGUCGUGUAUUAAGAGAGCUGAUCGAGACUGAGAGAGUUUAUGUAGAAGAGCUUCUGACUGUACUACUGGGCUACAGGGCAGAGAUGGAUAACCCCUUACUCUCUCCACUCCUGCCCCCCAUCCUGUGCAACAAAAGAGAUAUUCUGUUUGGAAACAUGCCUGAUAUUUACAAUUUUCACAGCAGGAUUUUCCUGCAAGAGCUGGAGAGCUGUGCUGAGACGCCGGAGGCUGUGGGAGCAUGUUUUCUACAACGAAAAGAGAACUUCCACGUGUAUGAAUGUUACUGUCAGAAUAAGCCACGUUCUGAAUCCUUAUGGAAACAGUUCUCUGACUGUGCCUUUUUCCAGGAGUGCCAAAGGAAGCUGGAGCACAAACUACCACUUGAUUCGUACCUUCUGAAACCAAUCCAGCGCCUUACGAAGUACCAGCUUUUACUGAAGGAGUUGCUGAAGUACAGCUCAGGUUGUGAGAGGGUCUCUGAACUGAAAGGGGCACUAGAAACCAUGCUGGACUUGCUCAAAUCGGUUAACGACUCCAUGCACCAGGUUGCCAUCACAGGAUACGAGGGUGAACUGAGCGAUUUGGGACGAGUCCUGAUGCAGGGUUCCUUCAGUGUGUGGAUCAGUCAUAAACGGGGUGCGACCCGGAUGAAGGAGCUCGCACGUUUCAAGCCCAUGCAGAGGCACCUGUUCCUGUACGAGCGUGCGCUUCUUUUUUGCAAGCGCAGGGAGGAUCAUGGUGAGAAUGCUGACAAGAUGCCCUCCUACAGCUUCAAAAACUGUCUAAAGAUGAGUGCAGUUGGCAUCACAGAGAACGUAAAGGGCGAUGUGAAAAAGUUUGAAAUCUGGUACAGUGGUAGAGAAGAGGUGUACGUGGUGCAGGCACCGACAGUGGAGGUGAAGCUUGCCUGGCUAAAUGAGAUGAGAAAAAUCCUCACCAACCAGCAGAAGCUCCUCAGAGGAGAACUUUGUCACACCAGCCCACUGGUAGAGCAGAUUCAGCUCUCUCCGCCCCUCUCUGAGAGCAAAAAGCAAAGAGCGUCAGUCAGCUCGGAGGAGACGGAGUCAGGCCACAGCAGUCCAGAUCCACUCAGCCAUUCUCCACAGCAUCAGCCCAACAGACACAGUUGGCCAGGUUCUCGUCACUCCGUCGAUAUCUGUGAGGGUCUGGAGGACUGGAAUGGAACUAACCUGUCUGAUACUGAAGAGGAGGAAACUGUCAAUUUGACCCCAGGCAGGUACAGGGCCUUGGCAGACUCUCGUAGAUACGGUCCAGAUGAUCUCAUUAUCAAGUGUGGUGAUGUUAUACAGCUGAAGCAGGAGCAUGAUGGCCAGUGGCUGGUGAAGAACCUGAGCCGGAGACAAGAGGGCAGGAUCUCUGCUUCUUGCCUGCACAGCAUUCUGGGAAAUAGCAGCAAAGUGCGCUCUAACCAGCUGCAAGAACCCGGGAAACGGAAAACACGUAAGCUCAGCACUCCCUGAACCAGAUAAAGUCUGUGUUGCACGGCUGUUCAAGCUCUAUCUGUAAAAUCUAAACAUGACCACUGUGCUGUUCUACAUUAGGCUGGGUGGUACAGCUCAGAAUAUUAAUGUUGGAUUACUUACAGGACAUAAGGAUUACCACUCAUUGAAUCUUAUGUUUUAAACGUUCAGGCAUUACUUGAGUCUUUGUAUAUGGUGUCACACACAAAGAAUUUAGAAAGUCAUUACGUUAAAACCAAACAACAUUACUGCAAAGUCACAAACUUGAAUGGGUUCCUUUAAAUCUUUUUAUAUGCUGUUAUAUGGUCUUUAUAAAUGACUCCAUUCCACUUCA